UUCGUCUCCAACCUCGCCCCCCUCCCCGUUACUCACUUCUCCCAGAUCUCCCGACCACCUCCCCUGAACUCGUUCCCCGACCCCCAAACCUCCCGUGGGAUCCAACCGGCCAACAAGCGGUGGCGCCGGCGGAGAUGCGGAGCUCAAUCGCGACCUACCGGGAGAGCCUUUCGCGGCUCGCCGGCGAGGUCGACGACGCCGCGGAGGACGAGCUCCUCGCGCCGUCGCCAUCUCGGGGCGGGGACCACGCCCCUACGCCGCCGUCGUCCGGGAGGCGGAGACGGUACUCCCGCCCCGACCCCGCUGAGCCCGACGAGAUUUCUAAACUCAAGGAAGAUAUUCAAAAGCUUCAAUCUUCUGAGGCUGAAAUAAAGGCAUUGUCCUUUAAUUAUGCUGCCAUGUUGAAGGAAAAGGAGGAACAGUUGGGGAAACUACGUGAAGAAAAUGGCUCAUUGAGAAAAAGUAUGGAAAUCUCUAACGUCAAGGCAGUCCCAGGCAGUUCUAAUGGUGCUUCACAAAGAUCUCCGAGCAGAGUGCAAAGAAACACAGUUCAAGAAAAUUCAUUGAAUGUUUUAAAGCAGAAUGGGUAUGGUGGUAGUGCUUCACAGGGUAUCCAGCAAAAUGGUCUGCACUCAUUGGCAGGGCAGCAUAAGGGAGGUGUAUUGGAGGAAGAGAGAUCAUACUUUGCUGCUAAACAGGCCAGUCUUGAAAAUGAAAUCAAACAAUUGAAUCAGCAACUCAGUAACUAUUCCAAUAAAGAAGAUGAGAUGGAAAGGAGGUUAGAAGAUGAAAACAAGAGGAACACAUUUCUUCAGCAGCAGCUAAAUGAGCUGAAGGUCAAUAGAGAUAGGAUAGCAACUUCCACGGAAGAGUUACAGAAGGAACUAAGUGAGAAGAAAGCAGAGUUGAGACGCUUACAGGACGAGUUGAGCACAAGGGACAAUGAGCAUGCAUCUGAUGGAUCACUUCAGAGCCUUCGAAGUAUGGUGAUGGCUCUACAGAAGGAGAACUCAGAUUUAAAGAUAGGGAAGGGCAGGCUUGAGGCUGAUCUUGCAAGUAUGCAGAGUACCUCACAAAAAGGAGACGAUGCUACUUCUGCAGUUAACAAUAUUUCUGAUAUGGAAAAGGUUAAGGAAGAGAUGGCUUCAUUGAAGAAAGCUUUACAGGACACUUCUCAUGAGCGAGACAAAGCGUUACAAAAUUUGUCUCGGCUGAAGCAGCAUUUGUUAGAUAAGGACCUUGAAGACCAAGAAAAGAUGGAUGAAGAUAGCAAAGUCAUUGAAGAGUUGCGGGCAUUCUGUGAGCAGCAAAGAGCUCACAUAGUGCAGUUAGAAAGGGCUUUAAAGGUUGAGAUGGCAAAGCAGGAGGACAGUAAGAAGAUCAUAAAUGAAGAACACCUGAGGUCAAACGAACAACUAGAAGAUUUGAAGUACAAGCUUGCAAACUGCAUGAAUGCACUUGAAUCAAAAAACUUGGAGCUGCUUAAUCUGCAGACUGCCCUUGGACAGUACUAUGCUGAGAGUGAAGCAAAGGAACGGCUUGGGGGCGAUUUAGCUAUGGCUAGAGAAGAGUUGACUAAAUUAUCAGAGUCUUUGAAGGUGGCAAAUCAAACAAUUGAAAUUUCAAGAAGAGAAAAAGAUGAGAUAGCUGCUAAACUUUCUCAAGCUGAGAGGAUGUUAGCGGAUGGGAAGCGCUCCAUGCAGAAGCUUGAGGAUGACAAUUCAAGAUUAAGACGUGCGCUAGAACAAAGCAUGACAACAGUCAAUAGGAUGUCACUUGAUUCAGAUAACUCCGUUGACAGACGAAUUGUUAUUAAACUACUAGUCACGUACUUCCAAAGGAAUCACAACAAAGAGGUAUUGGAUCUUAUGGUCCGCAUGCUUGGCUUCUCGGAGGAAGACAAACAAAGAAUUGGUGCUGCACAAAGCAAUGCUGGUAGGGGUGUCGUUCGUGGUGUUUUGGGUCUUCCUGGACGCCUAGUUGGAGGAAUUGUUGGUGGAAAUUCAGCAGGCAAAUCUGCUGAAGCAUCUCAGGAUAACCAGUCCUUUGCGGAUCUCUGGGUUGACUUUCUACUCAAGGAGACAGAAGAAAGGGAGAAACAAAAAGCUUCAGAAGCCGCCGCUAGGUUUUCGCAGGAAGAGAACCAAACGCCCAGUACAAGCAACAUGUCAAGUUUCCAACAACCAGAGCACCCUGCAAAUCUGGUGCCCGGCCCCUCCACAAAGCCACAUCAGUUUGGUCGCCCAGACUCCGAUUUCGCAACGGUUCCACUCGCACCCUCCACAUACACAUCGGCACAGACGGCGUUCUCAAGGCCACCUUUAAGAUGAUCUCAAGAAGUGUGCAAUGCUGGAUGCAUUUUUUCCUUUCAAUCCAAGGCUUAUCUGUACCCUGACUUUAAGCUAUUCAUUUCAUUUGUUGACAAUGGGGCGAUGAUAGUCCAUUCUUGUUUUUGUUUUCUCCCUUCCGCCCCUCCCCUGGUAUGUAAAGAAAUAUGUAAAUGAACCCAUAAUUGGACAACAGAAUCAGUUUACUAUAUACGGAAUACAAUGUAUGUUCGUAUGAUUGGGAAUC